AUGGACACUGGCAAGAUUACUGAUUUUAUUAAGUUUGACUCUAGCAACUUGAGUGUGGUGACUGGAGGUGCCAAUGUGGGAAGGAUUGGUGUGAUCACCAACAUGGAGAGACAUUCUGGCUCUUUUGAUGUGGCCCAUGUGAAAGAUGCCAAUGGCAACAGCUUUACCACCUGGCUUUCCAGUGUUGUUACUGGCUCCUUCUCGACUCUUACAGCUGCUGUACAAUUCAGUUCAGUUGCCGAACAUGAAGAUGCCCUCCUCAGACACUUGUUCCGUGGGUAUCAGAAAUGGGUUCGCCCUGUAUUAAAUUCUAAUGACACCAUAAAAGUGUAUUUUGGAUUGAAAAUAUCUCAGCUAGUGGAUGUGGAUGAAAAGAAUCAAUUGAUGACAACAAAUGUGUGGCUUAAACAGGAAUGGACGGACCACAAACUACGCUGGAAUCCUGACGAGUAUGGUGGAAUUCAUUCCAUUAAAGUCCCAUCAGAAUCUCUCUGGCUUCCUGACAUUGUUCUCUUUGAAAAUGCUGAUGGACGCUUUGAAGGAUCCCUCAUGACCAAGGUCAUAGUGAAAGCCAAUGGAACAGUCACUUGGACUCCUCCUGCCAGCUACAAGAGCUCCUGCACCAUGGAUGUCACAUUUUUCCCAUUCGACCGGCAGAACUGCUCCAUGAAGUUUGGGUCCUGGACAUAUGAUGGUACCAUGGUUGACCUCAUUUUGAUAAAUGAAAAUGUUGACAGAAAAGACUUCUUUGAUAAUGGAGAAUGGGAAAUACUAAAUGCAAAAGGGAUGAAGGGUAACAGAAGAGAAGGUUUAUACUCAUACCCAUUUAUUACUUAUUCUUUUGUCCUGAGACGGCUGCCUUUGUUCUACACUCUGUUUCUAAUAAUCCCCUGCCUGGGGUUGUCUUUUCUAACAGUCCUUGUGUUCUAUUUACCUUCUGACGAAGGAGAAAAACUUUCCUUAUCGACAUCUGUUUUAGUUUCUCUGACAGUUUUUCUUUUAGUGAUUGAAGAAAUAAUCCCAUCUUCUUCCAAAGUCAUUCCUCUCAUUGGAGAGUACCUGUUGUUCAUUAUGAUAUUUGUUACCCUGUCAAUUAUUGUUACUGUCUUUGUAAUUAAUGUCCACCACAGAUCUUCCUCCACUUACCAUCCCAUGGCACCCUGGGUAAAGAGGCUAUUUCUGCAAAAACUUCCUCAGUUACUUUGUAUGAAAGACCAUGUGGAUCGCUACUCUUUCCCAUACACAGAGAGGAGUAAUCCAACAGUGAAAGCUAAAGUUCUGGAUAAAAAGAAACGGAAAGAAACUAACAAUGGAGAAAAGAUUCUGGUUGCUUUCUUGGAGAAGGCUGCGGAGUCCAUCCGGUACAUCUCCAGGCACGUGAGGAAAGAACAUUUUAUCAGCCAGGUAGUGCAAGAUUGGAAAUUUGUAGCUCAAGUUCUUGACCGAAUCUUCCUGUGGCUUUUUCUGGUGGUGUCAAUCACAGGCUCUGUUCUGAUUUUCACUCCUGCCUUGAAGAUGUGGCUGCAGAGUUACCAUUAG